CAAAGUCCCAGGUGACAUGUACACGCUCCGCCCCUUCGAGAGCGAGGGGAGGAUGUCGGAAUGAGGAGCUGUUUUUGGGGGAGUCCGUCUGUACUCUGCGCCGUGUGGGUUCAAACUGUGGUUAGUUUAUUUACAAGCCCAGGUGUUGCUUCGUGUGAGGAUUUCUUGUGGUCCACAUGGCCGUAUUUUCGUUAAGGUUCGCCUGGUGCUUUACGGACGACCCGUUUUCAGCGUCGGUAUCAUCUGUUGGUCGAUGUUUGCUGUCAGUGUAACUCACGGAUAGUGAUACAGUAGCUUCGGGCUGUUUUUAACGGUGAGCUGGAAAUACUUCAGGAGUUAUUUUUAAUAUUCGGCGUACGUAUUUUCCGCUUAUUGCUCGGCACUUAGUGUAAGCUUGCAGAUUUGUUUGAUACAAAGCACUCUUGGUGAUGCAUCAGUUGCACAUCAUUGAACUAAUCAUUGAACUUGUGUAAUGAUUACAGGCUACGGGCUAGCCUCAACUUCACCAGUGCAUCUCGGUGUUCAGCUAGUUUCAAACGGAAACUGUAGGAUUUGCUACUUUUGCUUGGACACUCACUUCAUAACAUCAUGUUAUUUAAAAGACAACGAACAAGUGGACGGUUCCCUCAACCCAGCAUGAGGCUAUAAACCCGCUUCUAACGGCAUAAUUUAGCUGUGCAUAAUUCCAUGCUCCUCCAUGCCUUUGUUGGCAUCUAAUGGAAGAAAAAGCACCCGUCAGGUCUGCCAUGGUAUCCAGACUGCCCAAAUUUGGUGGACGCUCCUCAACUAGUGGCCCCAGUGCCCUUUCCAAUGGUUCUGCACAACCAGCUACCCCUACUCAAGAUGGAAAGGCUGCUUCACCAGGAACACGCCCAAAUGGUGUAAUCCAAGCCUCUCCUUUUUCCCUGAAAUGGAAGAGAGAUGAGGGGAUAGCCCCCUCUAGUCCAUCCACUCCCAACACCCCUGAGGAUGGAAGUGAAGACAAGGCUCAGACACUGCUUCCCUCACUGACCAAGGAGUUAAAGAAUGGCGCUCCAGCGACACCUAAGAUGCACAGAUCAGGCUCGUUGAUGGUGGCUGUCUCAAGCCCCAAGGUUAUUCACAAGCAAUCUUCAAAGAUCACUCCCAAAGUAGGGACCAAAUUAGGCCAGAGUCCUCUGAAUGGAAGUUCUAAAAUAGGUAGUAAUAGCUCAAGCAUUCCUACUCAAACAGGGUCGGAGUCUCGCCUUGUGCGGCCAAGGUUAGGCUCCAGCUCUACCAGAAGCAGCUCUCAAGACAGCCUGUCUCAGUCCAGUGAGAGCCUGAAGAUCUUGGCGCUGGACAACAUGGUUCGUUCAAAUAGCUUCACUCACUUCAAGCAGAUUCCUUCGCCCACCAGUGAGCCUAUGACACGGUCUUUCUCCUUUAAUCGGGCUGUGGAGCUAGCCAAACCUCUGGCCAACACUCAGCUGCGGCCUCCUCGGAAUAGUUUUAUCAAACCCCCUCAACUGAACAAUGGAAGAAUGGGUUUAGGACUGCAUGGCAGCCUUGGAGGUUCAGGUGGUUUAGGUGGGGUUGGAGGUCUUCAGUCCAACAAAACUUCUCCAGCUGCGUCCUUUCUGCCAUACCCCUUAAUCACCCCAGCACCUACUACUCCCCGUGCUUUAAGGAAGCCUCUGCUCCCCAGUAGUAUGUUGACCAAGCCAAUGGCCAGCACUGGGGGGUCUUUGUGCUACAAGAUGCCUCGAACUGGGCAGGUCAAGCAGCAAAAACCUCUUCUUCCAGGUACUGUCAAGGAGGAUAUCAGUGCUUCACCUGCCUCUGAUUUUGGAGACCUACUAGAUAUAGAGUCAACCUGUAAGGCUGAAAAAGUAGAUUCUCACAGUGACAGUGAUAGAAGUUCUGGAGAUGCAGAAGGAAAAAGCGGAGGAAGUAGUGCACUUGGGCAGAGCCAAGCUGGCCAAACAGCAGGUGAGACCCUGGAGGACAUGUCCUUAUCUUCUGCUUCAUCUCUAGAGAGAGGUGACACCAGUGAGGAGUUUCUAGAUGACUUUGACAGUGUGGGAGAUAUUUUCAGUGAUGGGGACCUGCCUGACAACAGAAAAACUGGUAGCGACACCCACCUACACAGCCUUGUCAAUGAGACCAGUGACUGGGAGUCUGUGGAUCUGACUGGUCAUAUAGAAGAAAGCCCUAUGCAGGACUCCCAGGGAUUGCUUGUGUUGUCACCAGAGCAGACUGAUGCCCCUCAGAUUUCAUCUGUGGAGUUGUCACCCUCCAACAGCUCUGGUGGAACCUACAUGUGGGAUGAAGAGGGGCUUGAGCCCCUUGGAGUGCCUGGGGCACCCCGGUUAGACAGCUACGAUGACUCAGAGCUGAACAGCAUGGAUAUCGUGAACAACCUGGACCCUCUGGGAACUGGAGAAUUGGAUGAUGAUGACCUCAUGCUAGAUGUGGACCUCCCAGAGGAUGGCUCGCAUGAGAUUGAUAGGAUGUCCCGUAUUGAGCGCCCAGAGCGGACCAAUCGGCAGGGGCAGCGGCGUAAACACCAUCGCUGGAGUGGACCAGAUCACUUUCACAAUGAUAGCAGGGUUCACGUCUUCCCGCACUAUGAUGGUCUCCGAGCUUCAAAGAACUCAACUCGACUCGUCCCAUCUGAACGUGCGGAGCAUGGCUACAUGCCGAUGUUAGAUGAACUCACGCUCGAGCACAUGACUCAGGACUGCAGCUUCCUCAAGAACCAGCUGCUCAGGCUCAAAAUGUUACUACAGCUUGAGGAUACAGAGUCUCCAGCAGAUGUUCCUGAAGAAACUGAAGACAGUACCUCUACACCACAGUUGGAGGUGUUGAUAAAGGAAGUGCAGGUGCUCAGAGAGGAGCUGAGGAGUCGAGACAAGACCAUUGCUCAGCUCACAUUGCAGUGUCAGGAGCUACAACAACAACAUCAACAGGAACAAAUUUCUGCAGCAGGACAGCAGGACAAGUGUCAGUGCCACCACCAGAGGGCUCCGUCUUCGCUAAGGCAGAGUGACAGACAGAUGGACAAACGUAUGCAGCAUCGCUAUGACAAGGCCACCCAGACAUACUGGAGACCACCAAGCCACGCUGGUGUGCUGCCCACCCCUUUGCUGUCCCCGUGGCAGGCACAGCACCAGGGCUUGACCCGUACCAGCAUGCCCCAGCGCAGACAGACCUCAAAUACUACAGCCUUUCAACCCCUGUCUCAACGAACACCUCCACCGGGGAAAACUAGUAAAAACAACCCCCACCGUGGGCCACAGUGACCUCACAAGGACUAAGUCAGAGGAAGCAACCCCUUUAGAUGCUGACCAUCCUCUUAAAGCUUUUAUGGCAGAUGUGUCUGGGCCAACAGGCCCUGACAAGCUGAGUCAUCUCCCGAACACCAACCUGCACCGCCUGGGUUCUAGGGCU